UGGCAGCUGGAGCAGCUCGAGUUGAGCUGCCAAAAUCUCUCUGUGCACAAAAACACACACAUCUUCACGGGUGUUGCCGCUUUUGGUGCUAAUCUUUAGUUAAAUCCCUAAUCAGGAUGGAAGUUAACACAUGCAAUAUCCAAGUUCUUCUGCAAGCUGCCGAAUACUUGGAAAGAAAAGAAAGAGAAGCUGAGCAUGGCUACGCUUCGGUCCUUCCAUUUUACAGUAAAACGACAGAAAAAAGAAGCAAAGCAAAAACUAAAAAGAAUUCAGCUGGGAGCAGCAGGUCAGUUCACAAUGAACUGGAAAAGCACAGACGAGCUCAGUUGCGGCACUGCUUGGAGCAGCUGAAACAGCAGGUCCCACUGUCCUCAGACUCUUCAAGGAACACCACUUUGAACUUGCUUAGACGGGCACAGAUGCACAUAAAGAAGUUGCAGGAGCAAGACGAGCGGGCUGAGCUACUAAAGGACCGGCUGCGCUGGGAGCAGCAGGAGCUGCGUCUGCGUCUGCAACAGCUGCAGGGUGGCACAGAGAGGAUGCGUAAUGACAGCCUGGGAUCGGCCAUGUCCUCCGAAAGAUCCGAUUCAGACAGAGAGGAUGUGGAGAUUGAUGUUGAGAGCAUGGUGUGGACUUUGGACUCUGACGGCCUGGGCUUGACGCACACCGACGCAGAUCAUAGUUACUCCACUUCCGGCCGUUCCUGGUUAUGACGAAUACAAAACCGCUCUCAAUAAUUUCUGAAACAUUCCAAAAAAAAAAAAAAAAACUAUCAUAAGUCUGAAGAAAAAAACAAAAAGAGGCCUCAAACCAAAAACAUGACAGCUUGCCACAGAAACACACCGCUGCCAUUUUAUAACCAUCAGACUCAGGCUGUUUGCAAGCAUUACUGGAUUUUUGGUAAUAUAUGAUAUUUUUUAUGACGUGGUGCUCUAGAUACGCAGUGAUUUUAAUGGAGGUCUGACAGUUCGGUCAUGUAUUUUUUUGUCCUUUAAUGUCCUUGUCAUUCUUCUUGCAGCUAAUUGGCUCUGUGUCAGGGUCAUCCUGCAGUAUAUACUUGCUUGCACUUAGACCUUACACUUAUUUAACAAAUGUUGCUCUCUAAUGUUUUGAUAUGUUGCACAAAAGCAGCUGCAUCAGCACUUAACUUCAUCAUCCGUACUUAAGGCGUUUGUUCGUUUCAUGUCAAAUGCAGAUCGUGUCCAUAUCAGUGUUUUUGGAAAGCACUCAUGGAGGUGUAUUCUGUGCAGCCAGUGGGGGAAAAACUUCUUCUAGUAAACAAUCUCGUUUGCCCAGUUAAAUUCAAUCUAUAAUAAUCUCUGGAUAGAAAGUUAAUCCGAUGAUGGCAUUGAUACAAAUUAAAUUCAGUAUUGAUCAGCUGGCAUGAUCUUAUCUGUCUUUACACCAGCUUCCUUCAUUUAGCAGUGGCAUGUUUAAGUCAAGUAUUUCCUACUGAUUUAUACACGUGUCUACUGAAAGUGGUUCAUGCCUUACAUGAUACUUUUUUCCUGCACUAGUUUUUAGGUAAGCUAAUUUUAGGUGCCAUUCAGAUCAGUUUUCCUAAAAAUGAUUCCAGAAACAGUGUAUUUUUAGAUGGAAAAUGUAGAUUAAUAGUAAGCAUCCCCCCCCCCACGUUCCUACCAACGUAGUUGCUAGGCUUCACCUGGAAGGUGUAUCUAAUACUUAGGACUUUUUUAAAAAAUAAAAUAAAAAAAAUGUGUAUGUACAAUAAAUUCUGUUGAAAUAUCAGCAAUCCUGCUGAACCUGGCAUUUAUGCAAUUAAUUAAUGUUCAGUUAUUCAGUGUAAAUAUACACAGCUAAAUAGUACACUGUAUAUGUGAUUGUGAACACCAAAAGCCUUAUGGAUUUUUUUGUACGCCUUUGGAUCGCCAUCACUUUUGUAUUUAUCUGCCCUAUGUGUAUUCGUAUGUAGCAUUUUUCUUACCAAUGUAAACCUUUUUGUACAAAUAAAUAUUUUAUGUAUUUAACUUGA